CCUUCGAUCGAUGGGUUGCUGUCAAUAAAAUAUUUAAAAAAACAUAUUUAUUAAUAAAAAUACAGGUAUAUCCUUGAGGGAGAUAAGGAUUCUUCGUUAUUUAUUGCGAUAGUUGUAAUCUUGAUUUCAGUUCGUUAAUCUGUAGCAAGUGUUUUUCAGUGAAAGUGAAAUUUAAAAUUAAAUUCUAUGAUAGUGACGAAGCUGUUUGUUGGUGUUAACGUAUGUGAAGGGGCUCUCUUGCGAAUGUUACGUAAGCGGCGAUAGGGCGAAAUGUCGUGGAUGAAGCGGCCGCAGCCCGGGGCGCCGCCGCCCGGCCCGGAUCCCCAGGGCUACAACGCGAAUCAGCCAUAUGGCAGUCAACCGAACAUGUACCCCAAUUAUCAGGGUGGUCCACCAGUGCAACAACAACAGAUGUGGCCACAGCAACAGCAACAGCCACCGCCACCGCCACAAUAUAGCCAACAACAACAACAGUAUGGUGCUGUUUACAACACACAGCAAGGUUUUGGGAACAAUUCAAAUGAGUUCUAUCAGCAGCCUCCUCAAUAUAACCAUAACUACACAAAUCAGAACUAUGACAAUACGCAACAAGGAUAUCCACAAAACUACUACCAAAAUGUGCCAGCUCAACAACAGAAUUAUACACAGAAUGCUCCAAAUGCUGACUCUUGGGAAGAUAAUUGGGGGUGGGGAUGGGAUGAUGCAUCCAAACAGGCUCAGAAGCAAGUUAGUCAAGUGCCUUCUACCCAACCUGCCAAUCAGCAACCCAUUUAUAGUAACUCUAAUGUAAAUGCAAAUGCAAAUGUAAAUACCAAUGCGAAUAUAAUUGAAGAGAGCUUUUCAUCUAAUGAUAAUUGGAAUUGGUCAAUGGAAGAUAAGAAAGAACAACAAUCUCAACAUCCCCUACAACAAUCUGUGCAAAAUAGUGGAGAGGUUGCCUUCUCAAGUAGUAAUCAAGUUAAUGCUAACACAGUGCAAAGAGGAAGUCAAGACUACCUGAAUAACAGCCCAGCGCAAUUGCCCGCUGAAGAUGUAAAAACACUUAAUGAUAGAGAAGUAGUGAAGGAACAUAUUCCAAAUUUGGCGUUGGGUAAGCGCAUCAAUUUAGAAAACCUCACACCGCAGUGGUCUAUUGAGUCACAAAUGUCUCAGGAUUCCAGUGAUGGGCCUCUUACUCACUCAGAAGGUACGCACAGUACUCACAGAAGUGAAAACCAGUCUAGAAACUCAGAUAAGAGUAGUCCAGGAAUAACUGCUGAAUCAACAACAUUUAACUAUCCCCAGAAUGCUUUACAUGAUCUCACAAAUCAGAUUUGUGAGUUUACCAAGGCCAGUGAUGAACAACUACCUGACAUCAAAGCACAAAGUGACUUGAGUCACAUUUCCCAACCUGAGGACUUAACUCAAUCAAUGAGAGAGAUGAAUAUAAAUAACUACGAGUAUCCUGAACCUCCCGUGGAACGACCUAGAAAUGUAAAUGAGUCUGAUAGUGAAAAUGUUAUACCAAAUGUUGCACCAGUUCCUCAUAUGCCUCCUCUAAGUGCUAUUGUUCAUAAACGGCAGUCUCCGAUGCCUCCUCCACCACCGGUAACAGCAAACCAAUCAGUUUCCAUGGCUUCUGUAUCAGGACCAUCUAAUUAUAACCAACCUCCGACCAAUAAUCGAGGCAACCCUCCAGCGUCUGUUCUUCCUCCGCCAUCUUUGGCAACUACUCAUCCUCCUCCCAUGAAUUUCUCAACAUCUUCAUCAAAUCCUUUCAAAAGUGUAGGGCCAUUUUCACAUAAGAAUGUGACCAAGGUUCCACAGAACAACUCACUUCCACAACCAAAUGUACCAUCCAUACCGUCCAGUACUGGUUUGACAUCGCCAGCCGUGGUGAGCAAAGUAACGCAACAUGAAAGAAUGCCUGUGGGUUUCGGCGCAAACUUAGAGACAACACCUGAUAAUUCAGAGAGACCAGAUCAGCCUCCACCGGCAGCUUACAGAUCAUCUUCUUCUGUUCCUCAACAAGUACCCGAAAAUUUGGAGGUGGCUCCACAGAAUGAUAGAAAUGAAUACUUACAAACGGCACAUUUGUCUGGCAGCGAUUAUGGAGAGAAUACUGAUUUCACUCGACCACCUCCGCCGGGUCCCCGACGAAUGGGAGUUGGCCAACAAGAAGUCGAAUAUAAUCAGAACUUAAAUAUGUCUGGAGAGGAACCUCCUCCGGGCUUAUCCCGCAUGGUGCCGGGUCAACAGAAUGAGUCAGAUAAUGCUUAUAAUCAACCUAGCGAAGUUUAUAUGGAUCGUCAUAUUGAUGGUCAACCUACUGACAACAUAAGUCGACCUUACAGACAGGCAGACGGCCAACAGACGCCAGAUAAUUACGCGCAACCUCCACCCGGCCGAGGGAGCGACAGAAGGCCUGUCGGUUUAGACAGGAUGGUUCCCGGGGAACCUAGUAACGACGAUUAUUCACAGUUUUCCAAUACAAAUUAUGGGGCAGCGAGUGAACAACGAGUCGUUACCGGAGUCGAUAACAACUUCCCAAAUUUACCAGACGUCGGACUAUCGGAAGUGCGCGAACAAAAUGUUGACGGAUCUGACUAUACGGAACCAAACGUAAUGAGCACUUCUAGAAACGUGAUCGGGGCGCGCGAAGUCAGCAACGCUACGUCUCCCGACUACAGCGUCUCGGUGGAAGACCAGCAGAGGGAAAUAAUAAUGGAGGGUGAAAAUUUGCAAGACUUGAGUGUGGUAUCGUCGGCUGACAUGUCGUUCAGAGACCACACGUACGACAGCACUGCCGUCAACGUCGAUUCCGGCAUAGAGAGAAACGAGGCGGCCAUCUCUAUGGAAUUCGGGUCUAACAAUUCCCGCAGACAAUCAGUGAACCGUACGUCGGGAGAAGAAUCGGAGGGUGAGAGGUACAAAGCGUCGUCGCGGAAAGAUAAACAUAAAGCGUCGAGCCGCGACAAGGAGAAGAGCAAGGACAGCAGAUACCCGCGAGACGAUCGAAAAUACGAACGCGAACCCGAACGGCGGUCGGCGCGCGAGGAGCGGCGCCCGGAGCGCGAGCGGCGCGACAAGGAGCCGCCCGCGCGCCGCGAGCGGCCCGACAGUCCGGGCGCGCGCCGGCACCGCCGCUCCACGCGCUCGCACCGCUACGAGACCGAGGACACCGACUACUACAGCGAUAGGGAGAGAGAACGCAGGAGAUACCGCGAAGGCUCGCACACGUCGAAACCGCCGCGCGGCGAGGACAAGGAGCGGCGCUACGAGGACCGGGAGCGUAGCAAGCGCUACGGCACGCUGGAGCGCGACCGGCGCUACGACGAGGAGCGCCGCAGCCGCCGCUACGAGCGCCGCUACCGGGACAUCGACCCCACGCGCAAGCACCCCGCGCGCCGCGAGCGGGACGACGAGGAGCGCAGGAGAGUCGUGACGUUUUCGGGCGACGCUAAGUCGGAAUCUAGCAAAGGUGGAGACACGUAUUCGUCCGGCUCGCGUGCGGGCUCGCGGGAGGCGACCGCCACGGACGAGGACGCGGACGAGCCGAGGCGGCGACACCGCGAGGAACGGCGCCGGCACAGGACCAGACCUGAUCCUUAUUACGAUGUGUCGGAGUACGGCGCGGACCCGUACGCGGCGCAGCGGCAGCAGUACGAGUACUACGAGCGGCUGCGGCGCACGGACCCGGCGGCCUACAUGCGCCUCUACAAGCAGAUCAUGGCCGGCGCCGUGCCCGCGGUGCCCGCCGUCCCGGGACAACCGCAUUACAGAUAUCCCGGUUACCCGGUAGCGCCCGGGUACGACGUACGCGCGGAGGAGCGUGCCAGCGUACACUCGGGCCGCUCCAGUGCUAACGGGCUCAAGGGGCACGACGGGUACUACGGCGCGGGCUCGCUGCGGGCGCCGCUCUCGCUAAGGACCGAUUUCUCUGACAGGGAUCUGACGACGGACGCGUCACUCAACCUGCAGCUGGAGGAGUCCACGGUGCGCUCCGAGCGGAUGACGCCCUUCAAGUACUCCACUGCGCAUAUCAAGGGCACGCUGGGUGCCGGCACGGUGGUGGUGGUGCGCGCGGCGUGGCCGGCGGACGGGCGGCCCGCGCCGCUGCGCCUGCUGCCGCUGGCCGCGCUGCUGCACGCCGACCCCGCCGCGCAGCGCCUGCGAGCCUUCCCCGGCCCGCUUGUCAGAGGUGUGACCCACAAGAAGAGCGUGAUAGACUACUGCUUGGGUCGCGCGCGGGCGGCGGUGCGGUCCGACCCCGCCGGCCACGCGCUGCUGUGGGACCUGCUGGCGCUGCUGCUGCGGCAGAACGGGGUGGUGAUGGGAUCUGACAUCGCGGAGCUGCUGAUGAAGAACACGAAGGAGUACGAGUACAAGCCGCCCUCCGUCGCCAGCGACUCUCGUGUGGCAUCAUCAGCGAGUUUGAACUGUGACGACGAGGCGGCGAAUGUUGAGACAGCUGAUCCGGCAUUGGUAACUGAGACAGUAGCGGCUCCAGAAACGGUGGUGGAUGAGAAGCAAGCGGUGGACCGCUUCAGAGAGCUGCUGCUGUAUGGAAACCAGCAGGAGGCACUCGAGUGGGCGAUGAGCACGGGGCAGUGGGGCCACGCGCUGGCGCUGGCGGCGGGCGGCGAGCGGCGCGUGCGGGCCGCCGUGCUGGCCCGCUGGCUGCGCGCGCUGCCCGCCGCCGACCCGCUGCACACGCUGUACGCGGCCCGCCACGCGCGCACCCCGCCUGCCGCCACCUGCGUAUCGGACGGUCGCUGGGCGGACUGGCGGCCGCACGCGGCCAUGCUGCUGGCCAACCCCACGCACGCGCCGCACGACCGCCGCACACUCACACAGCUCGGUGACUCGCUAGCGUCCCGCGGGCUGAUCUUCUCGUCCCAGUUCUGCUACCUGACGGCGGGCGUCCCGUUCGGGCCGCACCCGCUGGCCCCGUUAUCUGAGCCCCACAGCGGGGCCCAAACAGCCCCCCGGCUGUCCCUGCUGCUGGCCGACAGCAAGGCCCCCACGCUGGGACACUUCGCGACCGACACCGCGAUAUUCGCCACCGAGAUAUACGAGUACGCCGUGUCGCUGAACCAGGAGUACGUGAUUGAUGACUUGCAAGUGUACAAGCUAGUGCUAGCCACUCGUCUAGCGGAGGCUGGUGAAUGUGAGCGUGCACUGCGCUACUGCGAGGUGGCUGCGCGUGCGCUGCUCGCCAGGUCCACGCCGGCGCCGCGACUUGCGGCCGCGAUAGCAACGCUCGCUGAUCGGUUGAAGUACUUCGACCCGGCGCUACAGGGCGAAGGGGAGGGCGUGGAGGGUGAGGUCGCGGGGGAGGGGGAGGGGGAAGUCGGCACUCCGUUUGAGACUCCGCGAUGGAUACAAGAUAUACAGAAUUUAGCGCUUACUACUGUGCAGCAGGUGGGCAGCCCGCAGCACACCGCGCCCGAGCCGCAGCCGGGGUACGCGUGGGGGGACCAGACUCUACAACCUCAAACAUACGCUCCACAAGAUACAACUGACUAUAAUGCAUAUGCGUACCCGCAAGUUCCUCAAGUACCCUCCGCUGAGACGGCUGAUAGUCAGCCCUCGUACAUUGACAGUCAGCCAGCGUACACUGAAACGCAACCAAGUUACGGGGAAACGCCAGGGUUCGCUGACAAUCAGCAAACGUAUAAUGCUGAGAAUCAGCAGACGUAUAAUACUGACUGGCAGAACGAGGACGCUGGACAGUAUGCUGACCCGUACUGGCAACCCGACUCGCAGUAUGGAUAUGGCGAGGGUCAGAACGGUGGAGAGGAGCCGCGCGGUAUCACGAUGCCGGGCGCGUCGUCCCGCCCUGCUCUAUACAACGACUUCGAUGACGAUCGCACUAAUAACGCUGAUCAAAACGACCGGGACCGUGACACUACGUCCACCGGCAAGGAGGACAAGCAGGAGGGCAGCAAGGGCGACAGGAGUGACAAGGAGAAGAAGGGCAGCGGGUGGCUGGGCGGCAUCCUCACCAAGCUGUCCCUGCGAGCCCCCAACCAGAUGAUCCUGCCCGACGACAAGAACCCCUCGAUCGUGUGGGACGAGGCGACGAAGCGGUGGGUGAACCGCGACGCGCCCGAGCGGGGGGGGGACGCGCCCCCACCCCCACCGCCCAAGGCCAUACCUACAACAUCAACGCCGCUGCAGUCCCCAGCCGGGUCGGGGCUGGUUCCCGGCGUGCCCGGGGCAGCCGGGGGCAAUAUGUUGAGGAUGCAGAGGGGUAGAAACAUAAAGAAGUCGUACGUGGACGUGUUCAACCCGGGCGGCAGUGCGGCCAGCGCCCCGCCCCCCGCCCCACUCGCCCCGCUCGCCCCCGCCCCCACCACCACGCCCGCUUACUUCGUGCCGCCGCCUGUUAACCAGAGCGGUAUCUACGACCCGAGCCAGAUGGAGCCGGAGCGCAGCGCCAUCUAGUGACGUCACACACGCGUCAUCACAUCGCUGCAUCUCACUUGUACACACACACACACACACACACACACACACACACACACGCUUGCACAUGUACAGAUGUAUAGCAUUUUGUUAAGUUAAACUUUAUCCUACAAUAAUAUUGUGUCUUUGGUGAGAGCUGGUUUAGAACUUUAGAAUAUAAUUUCUGUUAUGACUUAUUAUUUUUAAUAAUAUGUGUUUCAUGUAAAUUAAAAGAAAGUGUUAAAAAUAAAUUGCAAUUGUAAUUGUAUUCUCAAUCAGCAAAAAAGUGCGUAAUAAGGUGCAACGCUGACUUACAAUGACUCCUUGUGAUUAUACAUAUACAUCUCUCACCAAAGAGACAAUUUAGAACCAUAUCUAACUAUACGAUCGUAUGUUAUUUUCAUAGAAAUGUUACAAUUUUUCAGAAUUUAUUCACUAUUCACUUCCGUUAUUUAGUUUUAAAGUUCCUACACUAUACUGUAUACUUUUUCAUCUUAUUAAUUAUAAAUGAAAUGCAGAAAUGUGAUUAUAAUAUUUAAUUUUGACGUGUAUUUCUUAUUUUUACUUCGAAUCUUUCAAACAAACUUAUUGCAAUAGUUAGGUUAUAUCAAGUGCCUAUAUUUCAACAUUCCUCUUCUUUCGACUAUUUCUAUAUCUUUAGUUAUCAUAAAAAAAGACAAUGACAGCAAUGUUUAUUAUAUAAGCGUAGUUUUAAAAUAUCAACGAUAAUAUAAAUGAGAAAUGAUGAUAUUACAAUAAAUUUGAGACAAUAGACGAGCUAGUUGUGAACCUAUAUUCCUUAAAUAUCAUUUAUAGUUUGACUUGUUCAAAAUUUAUUAAGUUACUACAAUCGGUCUAUUUCUUAAUUCAAUCUAUCUUAAAUUACUCAAUGUAUCCGAGAAAUAUGUGUCGAAUGAUUAAAUAAUUUCGCAUAUAUGUCCCGGUCAUUAUAUUGAGAGAUUCAAGAUAGAUUAGUUCAUAGUUCAUACUUCUUAGUUGUAAUAAAGAAAAUGGCGUUGCGUGUAAAGGUUAACAAUUAGGCCACAGUGCGGUGCGGUGAGGCGUAGUUUAUACAUUUUGUACUGUCCCGAGGUGCCGCGUUAUACACUUGGCAACUAAAGUGUUUAGUUGUGCUAUAGUAACGAAGGGUCGACGAUAUCGAUACAGUCCGGUCUCUAUCGAAACUCUCAAUUAGUUGCCAACGUUUGUCCGUAUGUACAAAUAACAUCGUCAAGUCACUCUUUGAGAGACUUCAGAUAGAUAGAAACCGGACAAUAGUUUGCUCAUAGAAUACUGUGUAUUAUAAUAUUAUUUAUCAAAGCUUGCUAGACGAAAUUAGAAUAAAUUUGUGAUUUUUGUGAAACAAUUAGUAUUAUAUUAUUAUUCGAUUUUAAUAGCAUUGAUGAGACCGGGAAAUCGAUGCGUGACGAAUUGACAAUUUGACAAAAUAGUUUGUGGUCUACGUAUCGAUUUCUACAGCUUCAUCAAUGUUGGUAAUUCAAUGGGAAUGAAAUUUAAUGAAUUGUAUUGGGCAAUAAUUAUAAUAUAUAUAUGAGGUGCAAUCAUUUUCCAUCGCUAUUGAGUAUCGUAGCAGUUUUUUUUGUGUAUAAAUUUAGCGAGGUGUACAGACAAUGGUUUUAUAUGUAAAGUAAGAUGGUUGUAUAUUUGUCGCGCGGGACGGACGGCGACGUAGGAUGUAAUCUGUAUAUGAUGACUGGACUCGCUAUGUAUUCCAAUUCAGAAAUGUAUUAUAAUGAUUCAAUAUUAUCAAAAUAUUUAAAUAAAUUGUUUACGUUAAUGCUU